AUGCUAAACACAAUAAAAUCAAAGUUUUCUUCUGUUGUUAACCAUAAUAAUGUUAAAAUCCAUCCUCAGCCAUCUGCUGUAGCCUUCGAUAAUGAGGAACUGAAAGAGCUAACUCCAAUUAAAGAGAUUGCUGAGAAAGAAGAUAAAAAGAGAAAAAGAUUAGGCUCAUUUAACAUUCAAGAUGUUUUAAUAAACAACAGCUAUAGUGAAGAGGAGUUAAAUGCUGACUUAUGCGGAAUCAACAUAGAGACUGAUGUUUUUUGCUAAGAUUAAGAUAAUCUUUCUUAAAAAUUCAAAUAGUUAAAUGGAAUUAAGUAAAGAAAUCCAGAGAUUUUAAUUUAAAAUGAUGAUUAGUCUGAUGAUGAGUCAUUAAGCGAUCGCACUGUGUCUUUACAAAAGUAAAGGUAUCAACAGCUUCUUGAUAGAUCUGAAUCUAAGCAUACAGUAAUUUCUCUAUUUAAGAAAAAUUACUGCCCAGACAGUCCUUCUCUAAAUGUGCGAAAACGUCAUUAAUCAGAAAGUUACUAUGGCUAACUUAAUGACUCUAACUCAUAAUCAUCAUGCUUAAAAGAAAAAUCAUUAUUUUAUCACAGGAGAAUGAUGGAGUCCUCAUUGGAAUUGAAAGAGAGAGGCAAUUCUAAUUUAUUAAACUUGAAGCACUUGCAAAGGCACAGCAAAACAACAGAAAAAUAUGAGAGGGACGAUGAAUUUUUGAUGGAUCUGGUGAAUAACAGAAGUUGGAUUAAUAUUGAAGAUUAAGAAUAAAUUAUUUAGCAGCCAGCCAUUCUCGAUAAUUUAGAUAUAAAGAUCUUUAAGAAUCUGUAACUUAAGUAGUUAUCGAUUGAAAGACUAAAGACAAAAGUCAUACAGAGAAGUCCUAUACAUAGGAGACCUAGGUUGAAGAUGAAAAACAAAGCCAAAUUACAGUAAUAGACUUAGAAGAUCUCUCAAACAAAUUUAAAGGAUUAAAGAUUAGAUGGUGAGAAUGCUAUGAGAUAAUAUAGGUCAAUUAGUAACUACGACCCUUAUUAGAACAGGAAGGAUUUUGAUUAAAAAGUAUAAAAUCUCUUAAAAAUGAGGCCAAUUUUAAGAGAUGAUGACUUAUAGAGCGAUGCUUUACCAGAAUGCUAAUGCAACAAGGAAGAUCUCCUUGCUAUCUAAGAUUGUUAAAUACAUUCCAAAAUUGGAGAAUUUGAUGAACUCAAAAUUCCCAAUCAAAUUGUAGUUGAAAAAGAUUGUGAUAUUAUAAAGUAAGGUUGGAUUAAGAAAAAGUCAACCAAUUUUAUCCUUGGUUUUUAGGAGAGAUUUCUUGUCUUAUACAGCAACAAGAAACUUGUCUAUUAUAAAUAAAAGCAUGUAUUAGGAGAGUCAAUAUUCAAGCAUAGAGUAAAAGAGAUUUCCUAUACUUCUAAAUAAUUAAAUAUAAAUUUCAUAAGAUGCGGCGUUUUCGACUUAAAUGUCGUGGUUGCAGAGGUAUAACUUGUUAAUGCUUGCAGAUUUUAGUUGAGAUUUUAAGGAAUGAAUCGUGUUUUUACUUUCUCAGCAUAGUCUGAUGAAGAAUGUGCUGAGUGGAAAAAAGUAAUAGAUAGAGCUUAGUAUCCUGACUUUGAUGCAACUGAAGAUAAUUUUUCAACGUAUUAAAAAUCUUAAUCUGGACUAUAAUCAAUGAUCAGACUUGAUAGGAAAACAUAAAGGAAAGAGGGUAGAUUCUGGAAAUGUUCAAGAAUGUUUGAAAGUGAUCUAUCGAGAAUCGCUGACACUGGAGACAUACUUCUUUUUAAAAAUUCUGAAUUUUCAUCAUCAUUACAAAGAAUGAUUACAAAAAGUAAUUAUAACCAUGUUGCUGUCUUGAUUCGCUGUUCUGAGGGUCAGCUUAAAUUUAUAGAAGCCACUAUAAACUUAGGCGUUGAUGUCGUAGAUUGGGAUUAAUUUGUAGUUAAUAGAUGGUAUUAAAACUAUGACAGAGUUAUUUAUAGAAGACUGAGGACGGAGAGAUCCUAAGAGCAACUAAUUAAAUUAUAAAACUUCUUAAGAGCAGCCAUUGCCAAGAAAUAUAAAGUUACUGCCUCUAAAUUACUGAGAAAAAAGUGUGUGGACGACUCAGAUGAGAAUAUUCGUGAGGACAAGACCUACUUUUGCUCAGAGAUUGUGGCUAGUGUUUAUAAAAAUAUGGGAAUACUUCCAAUGGAGAAAUCUGCGAGCUAAUACAUGCCUGGAAACUUUUCAAUGAAGAAAAAGAUACAUCUUUUAAAAGGAGCGUAUCUGGAGGAGGAAAGGCUGAUUGACUUUGAAGAAUGA